AUGGAGAAUGAGAUAGAAAUGAUAAAGAAGAACAAGACUUGGGAGUUGGUUGAUAGACCAACUGAUAAACCAGUAAUUGGUGUUAAAUGGAUUUAUAAAACCAAGCUGAAUUUAGAUGGUACAGUUCAUAAAAACAAGGCUCGACUAGUUGCCAAGGGCUAUUCUCAAAAGCCAGGGAUAGACUUCAAUGAAACGUUUGCACCUGUUGCUAGGCUGGAUACCAUUAGAACAUUGGUGGCAUUGGCUGCACAAAAGGGGUGGAAACUGUUUCAGUUAGAUGUGAAGUCUGCAUUCUUGAAUGGAGUGUUGCAUGAAGAGGUGUAUGUGGAUCAACCUCCUGGUUUUAUGGUUAAGAACAAAGAGUACAGAGUGUAUAGACUCAAGAAGGCAUUAUAUGGACUUAAACAAGCUCCAAGAGCUUGGUAUGAAGAAAUCAAUUCUUACUUCACUAAGGCAGGUUUCCAAAGAAGUCCUAGUGAGGCAACACUAUAUGUAAAGGCUGCAGAAAGUGGUAUUAUUAUCGUUUCUUUAUAUGUAGAUGAUAUUAUCUACACUGGAAGCUCACAAGCCUUGAUGAUGGAGUUCAAAACUGAAAUGAUGAGGCAAUAUGAAAUGAUUGAUCUUGGUUUGCUUCACCAUUUCUCGGGGUUAGGAGUGAUACAAACCGAGUCUUACAUUUUCUUGCACCAGAAGAAAUAUGCUAAGACAUUGCUAGACAAAUUUGGCUUCAAAGACUGUAAAGCUGUAGCUACUCCUCUUGCAAUGAAUGAAAAGCUAUCCAAGGAAGAUGGGAGUGAACAAGCUGAUGAAGGGAUCUAUAGAUAA